AUGCUCCUCAUUACCGAAUUUUUUCCCUCACAGCUGGCUGGUGUGGAACACACGUGUGUGGCCCCCUCCCCCAGCCUGACCCUUGGAAGUAUCCCCCUUUCUGGGAACUCCGCUGCCACCCCUCCAUAGGGACACAGUGGGGGACUCCGCAAACCUCUGGGCUGGGGGUGUCUGCAAGCCCAGGCUCCCCAGCGCCUCUCCUGACCCAAAAGUACCCCCUGCUGCUGCUCCCAGCUGUGCUUCCCUAGCUAGACAAGAGGGGCCGGCGCCUGCUACCCCCAGCGUCUCCCAGCUCUGCGACUCGCCUCCCCUCCUCCCCUCGGGUCCCAGGCGCCUUGCUGGGCGCUGCCUCUGUCCUUCCCCUUUUUGUGCCCCCAUGAGGGUCCUGGCCUGCCUCCUCGGAGCUGCGCCUCCUCAGCUGGGUUCCACUCAGGCUGGAGGCAUCUGUGUGCUCGCGCUGCCUCUCAUCUCCUUUGCAGUAGCACUGGUGGGGAUCCAGGCAGUGGAGCGGCUGCGCCUGACUGAUGGUCCACACAGCUGUGCCGGCCGACUGGAGGUCUGGUAUGGCGGCCGUUGGGGCACCGUGUGUGACGACGGAUGGGACCUGCGUGAUGCCACAGUGGCCUGCCGGGAGCUCGGCUGUGGGGGGGCACUGGCUGCUCCUGGGGGCGCCUUCUUUGGGGAGGGCACAGGCCCUGUGUGGCUCAGUGAGCUGGCUUGCCAGGGCCGAGAGGGACGGCUGGGCCUCUGUCCUCACCGUGGCUGGAAGGCCCAUAUCUGCUCACAUGAGGAGGAUGCAGGUGUGGUCUGUGCAGGUCAGCGGGUGGCAGACUCCCGGGAUGACUCCACCUCCCCGCUGGAUGGGGAGCUGUGGCCGGUGAUGUCUGCAGAGCUGAGCCCCGCCUCCGAGGAGCCUCCCAUCACUCACGCCCCCCGCCCAGCUGGGAGCCCCCAGAAUGGCCCCCGGAAGAAAAGCCCCCGGCCCCCUAAGCAGGCCAAGUCCACUCGAGCCCCUUUGCUAACAACUGGGGCCCCCCGCCAAGACCAGCUGCGCCUGGUCUCAGGCCCCCACCGCUGUGCCGGCCGCCUGGAGGUCUGGCAUGGUGGCCGCUGGGGCUCUGUGUGUGACGACGGAUGGGACCUUCGAGAUGCUGCAGUAGCCUGCCGGGAGCUGGGCUGCGGGGGGGCGCUGGCUGCCCCUGGGGGUGCCCGAUUUGGGCCUGGCUCAGGGCCUGUGUGGAUGGACGAUGUGGGCUGUGGAGGAGGAGAGCAGGCCCUGCGGGACUGUCCCCGAAGCCCCUGGGGCCGGAGCAACUGCGACCACACUGAGGACGCCGGGCUGGUCUGCACAGGCCCUGCCCCGAAACUGCGCCUGGCUGAUGGACCCCAUGGCUGCGCUGGCCGCCUGGAGGUCUGGCACGGAGGGCGCUGGGGGUCAGUGUGUGAUGAUGCCUGGGACCUGCGUGAUGCCGCCGUGGCCUGCAGGGAGCUGGGUUGCGGGGCGGCACUGGCUGCUCCCGGGGGCGCCUUCUUUGGGGAGGGGUCUGGCCCCAUCAUCCUGGAUGAUCUUCGGUGUCUGGGAAAUGAGACGGCCUUGCGGUUCUGCCCCGCACGGCCCUGGGGCCAGCACGACUGUCACCAUCGGGAGGAUGCUGGGGCUGUGUGUGAUGGCAUGCCCCUCGGCUAUGUGGCCCACACGACCCCUGCGGUGGACAGCAACAGCUCGGCAUCCCUGAAGGCAGCACCUGGGUCCCUAUCCAGCACAGUGAGCCAGGCUCCAGGAGUAGCAGGCGGCUUGCCUCCUCUAGCCGUUCCUACAGCACCUUGGGAGUCUGGGCCAGAUGCAGGGUCUCCCCAGCUGCGCCUGGUGGCUGGGCCUAGCAGGUGUUCAGGCCGGCUGGAAGUGUGGCAUAAUGGACGCUGGGGGACGGUGUGUGAUGACAGCUGGGACAUGCGGGAUGCGGCCGUGGUCUGCCGGGAGCUGGGCUGUGGAGGCCCUCGGCAGCCAGACCCUGCUGCAGGCCGCUUUGGCUGGGGUGCAGGCCCCAUUUUGCUGGAUGACGUGGGCUGUGUGGGGACGGAGGCCUCUCUGUUCAGCUGUCCUGCUGCUCCCUGGGGAAAACACAACUGCGCUCACAAUGAGGAUGUCGGGGUCGUGUGCACUGGGAGCCCUGGUUUGGACACCAUCUCAGACCCCUUCAGCUGGAGCUGGCUCCCCGGCCUGGGUAGAGAUCGGGAUGCUUGGCUCCCAGGAGAGCUUUCCACCAAGCCCUCUGCCAGCCUAACCUCCAGUGUUCCAGAGAAAACCACCACUAAGGCACCAGGGAAAACCCCCAAGAGUACUAAGAAGUGGGUGACCAAACAUGCAAAGAGACCAACCACUCAACCUCCCAGGAUGCCAACCACUAAAAACUCCAGAGGCCUGGGUACCCAAAGCUCCCUAGAGCUAACCUCACAGACCACAACCCUGACCAUGGAGGCUUCCCCAAAACGAACCUCUGAGUUACCAAAAAGGCUGCUUACAGAGGCUCCCCACAGAUGGACCUCACACAUCACUUCCAGAACAACUCCUGAGACCCUCUGGGAAUGGCCCUCAGGGACCACGACAACACUGUCCCCUCAAGACCCUCGAGAAAUGACCUCUGAGACCACCACCAAGCAAAUCCAUCAGACCUCCCUGGAGCUAUCUGCUAAGACCCCAGCCUCCUCCCCCACAGUCAGCAUCCCUGGGGAUUCAGGCCCCUUCCGGGUUCGUCUGGCCGAUGGGCCCAACAAGUGUGCUGGCCGGCUAGAAGUGUGGCAUGCCGGACACUGGGGGACAGUCUGUGAUGACAGCUGGGACCUGCGGGAUGCCACUGUGGUCUGCUGGGAACUGGGUUGUGGAAAGGUCCGGGCCCGAGUGGGCAAAACCCAUUAUGGCCCGGGGACUGGACCCAUCUGGUUGGAUGACAUGGGCUGUAAGGGAAGUGAGACCUCGCUGAGCGACUGCCCCUCAGGGGGAUGGGGGAAGCACAACUGUGACCACGAGGAAGACGUGGGGCUCACCUGCACUGGCUACACGGAUGAUGAUGAUUAUCCUUCCUGGACUUGGGACCCCACUUUAGGAGAAGAUCUGGCCAAAGGGGCCACCACGGCACCAGGCCCUGGACACGCUCUUCCAUGGGGUACCACCAGGCAUCCAGGGACUCCCUCUCCAGCAACACAGCACCUUCCAGUCACAGGUGGCCAGGAUGGUUUCCAGCCUUCCAGGACACAGGACACACCUUCAGGCAGGGGCCCAGCCCUGGGGACACCCACCCCUUCCAGUGGCACUGCCAGGCGCCUGGGACGCCCUUCUCCGGCUCCUAGGGUCCUCGGGGACAUAGGUUCCCGGCAGAAGACCGGCCCUGAGCGUCGCCUGCUGCGGCCCACUGCAGCCUGGGCAGCGCCUUCCAUGCUGCCUCCCGCCCCCUCCACCUCGCUUGGGCCGCAGCUGACUUCUGACUCAGCCUCUGUCCGUCCUGGCACUUUGGCGCCUACUCCAGACCCGCCUUCCUCGACCACGCCCGGCCUCUCUACCACACAGAUCCCACUGCCCACUGUGCCCCCAGAGCUGACAUCAGAGUCCUCUGCAGCGCCAGGGGGGACCCCAGGAACUUACACAACCCCAGAUUUAGGCACAACUACAGAAACUUCUGGAUCCCUGGAGCCCUCCACAAGCCUGCUCCCCAUGACUACCUCAAACUCUGCCACUACCCUGAACCCCGCUACCAGCCAGAACUCCCCCAUCACCCCGAACUCCACCACCACUCCGUACCCCGCCAUCGCCCUGAACCCCAGCACCACCCCAAACCCCACCACCAUUCAAUACCUUACCACAACCCUGCACCCCACCACAACCCUGCUCCCCACCACGACAAUGUACCCCACAACCACUCAUCAUACCACCAUCCCCAGCGGGCCUCCCGACCUCUCCUCUGGCCCUGUCAUCACGGCUGAGUCCCUUUCAACCUCCCCAGGGAUAGAAUUCCCCUCCUCCACCUCAGCACUACGGGCUACACCCAGCCUGCACCCCGAGCUGACCUUCAGGGAGACCCCCCUUGCCCCUACAUCUCAGAUGCAGAGCCCAGCACCCUCUCUGGCCUCAGAAGCCAGCCCCUCUAAGUCUUCUCCUGUCUCAAACACAGACCCUCUGUCCACUGAGGACUUUGGGCUGCCCAGCAGUCAGAACCCCACACUAAUGCCUCCGCAGACCCAGAGCCCAGCCCCGGCUUCGGACCCCACUGUGACCGACUUCCCCCUCCCCUCUACAGCCCCUCCCAUGGAUCAACUUUCCCCUGACUACCCCCCACUAGGGCCAAGUCCUGAUCAGACCCUGGGCCCCCUUGGCCCCUGUGCCUCCCCAACACCCCCUGUGAGGGUUAUGGCUUGUGAGCCGCCUGCCUUGGUGGAGCUGGUGGCUGCUGUGAGGGACAUUAGUGCCCAGCUGCAGAGGCUGACCCAGGUCCUGGAACAGGACCAGCAGCAGCGCCACGCCCUGGGGCUAGGGCUGGCCCAGAUGGUGGAGGCUGCCCGGGGCCUGGGGCAGCUGGGUGAGACAGUAAAGAGACUGGCAGAAGUGGCCUGGCCCCCCAGUACAAUUGUGCCCACCCUUACAACCCCAGGGGAGGAGGAGAGACCUCUGAGGGGAGAUGUGUGACCCUUGACAAGAUGUAGGGAUGUAAGCUACUCUCAGACAAACCAAAGAAAGUCACAGUACCUAACUAAAAACAA